UUUUCUCAGUCCCAAGACCAGGAAAUAAAAUGCAACUCGUCAGCCUGUGACUACUGAGCUGAUCUGUUCCUGAUAUCUUGAGUCAGCCUGCCAGACCAGCUGCAACAGCAUCAGAAAACAGGCAGAGUUACAGGAACCUGUGUGACGAUGACAUUCCAGGGACUCAUAGCAGUGUGGGCUCUCUGUCUGGUUUGUGUGAGAGGCUGGGAAGCUCCGUGGUUCUGUCAUGGAAAUGACUGCCCCGAGUUCACAGUUGUUCAUACCAAUGAGGACUUUGAAGAACGCUUCUACAACGCUUCGCAUUGGAUCACCAUAGAUGUUGCCAUCAUAAACAAAAAGGAAGUUACAAAAGCAAUUUGGACACUUUAUCAUUACACCAAAGGAGCCAAUGAAGAAAAGGCCAAAGUAGCACUGCCAUGGCCUAGCAUUAUCAUGGCGGAGGGGGAUGGCAAUGAGAGACCUGGAUCUGUGUCUUGGCCAGUUCCUCCAGGGACCCAUCUGCCCAAACCUAACGAUGCCACCAUCAAAGAGACGGACAUACCUGCUGGCACAGUUUAUGUCAGGAGUUUUGGUGGGGUGGCAUCCGAGGCUGAUGCCUAUGAUAAUGUAGAUCAGCUGAAGGCAUCUCUUGAGGCGGCAGGGAAGAGUUUCAACCCAGAUAGGAUUGUGGCAGCUGGCUAUGAUCCCCCUCUGCGACUGAUCAACAGACACAAUGAGGUCUGGGUCUUUGCUGAUUAAGAUCCAAUAAAUUCAAACGUGGAUAAUGCAGUUUCCUCCUCAAAGUAUUUUAGACAAUAAUGUGAUGACUCAUUUACAUGGAUACUGUUGAGCAGUUAAUUGUAUAUUGAUGUGUGUACUAAUUAGAUAACUUUGAGUGAACAAAACAAUAUACAGUAGCAGGCCUAAAAUGGCAAGGAAAGUAAACCAGGCUUCAAAGUAAGGCUAAUUUACCUGUCUGUGGUAUAUGAAUGCUAAAUAUAGUACUGUCAUUUCACAUAGGUUUUCUUAAUGAACACACUAAAGUUGUGUAGUGGUUUCCUCAUAUUAGCAUUGCUAGUUAUGCUGUCUCUAUGAUGUUCAUUAUGGAUGAUAAAAUACACAA